AUGUCGACAAAACACUCUGGUUCUAAAAGAAAACAUUUAGAUGCUAGCUCAUCUGAUGAUGAAAUUGAUCGCCAAUUGGAUUCCUGGGCUCGAUUCAUUGUGAUCGAGGCAUCAAAUCAUGAACCCAUGAAAUUAAAUCCAUUUGUCAUUUCGAAGGCUAUCAAUGGCUGUUGUGGUGAGGUUAAAAAUGUCACCCGCCUCCGUAAUGGCUCCAUACUUGUGGAGUGCGUACGGAGACAGCAAUCUCUCAACUUGUUAUCACUCAGCCAAUUUGCAAAUGUAGAGGUUGCUGUCUCAGCACAUCGAACACUGAACUCAUGUCGAGGCAUCGUACGAGACAGAGCCCGAUGUCUGUCUGACAUGAGUGAAGAUGAAAUUGUUGUAGAACUGUCCAAACAAGGAGUUACAGCCGUCAAACGAUUCACGAGAAAACAGGAUAACAACAUCAUUAAAACUAACACUUAUCUCUUCACAUUUUCACUUUCGAGAAUUCCUGAUUCAAUUAAAGCUGGAUAUUUUAAUAUCGGAGUGGAGGUUUAUGUCCCAAACCCACUCCGAUGUUACAAAUGUCAAAAUUUUGGGCACGGUGCCCAGACCUGCACCCGCAACCCAGUCUGUGUCCGCUGCAGUGGCUCCCAUGAGGGUACUCAGUGCACAGACACCAUUAAAUGUGCAAACUGUGAUGGGGACCACUUGGCCUCAUCCAAACUUUGUCCAAAAUUUAUUCUCCAAUCAAAAAUACUGAAAGUAAAACACACAAAUAAUGUCUCUUUUCGUGAUGCCAAAAUCUUAGUUCAAGCUCAAUCACCAAGUAUUCCCACAAAAUCCUAUUCGGCAGCUGUAACUUCCAAUCCUAUUGUUAAGGUUGCUACAACAUCUAUCGGAUGCCAGACAAACAUCUCUUGGGUGGGUGAUCAGCAGAAAACUGUAGAUGUCACAUCUCAAACAUCUUCUGAUGAUACUAUUACAGCAACAUCAGCCUCACAGACAGAGGUGCUACAAUCAUCACAUCCUGUUCAUGAAAUAUUGGAACCAGAAUCAUUGCAAAGAGACUUACAUCUAACAAAAACUGAAAAAAAGAAACUAAAGAAAACGGCGAGGGCACUCCACCACUUGGAGGUGCCUUCCUGUCAGUCCACAUCUGUUAAGGUUCACAACCAAAUUGAACCUUUGGCGAUGGAGGUCACUCCAUCGCAGACAGGCCAUGGGAGUAGACCUCCCUCCAAGACAAGAUCACCCAUAGAACCACCAUGA